AUGGCGAAUGUUGAAAACAAUCUUUCCAUUUUAUUCCCAUUGAAAAAUAGUACCAGUUCAAGAGUCAUUUACUAUGAUUCAAUUACUUAUAGUGAGAAGAAAGAUGCAGGAACUAGUCUUUGUUUUGUUAAUAUUAAAUAUAUAUUUAAUAUAACAUCAGCAGAGAUGCUUAUCUACCUUACAUUUGUUAGACAUCUCCUUCAAUUUACACUAUGA